CAGUGAGUGGAAUAAACUGGAAGUUCUUGAAUAGUGCACGAGUGUAAUACUUACCCAAGACCUCUGCGGAGCUGUUUUUUGAAUAUUAAAAAAAUAUGUUGUUGUAAGAAAGAAACAAGUUAAUACACCCUUAAUUAAAAAAUAUAGUCACUAAUUUGCCGGGAAGGAUCCUGGCUUCCCGUUGAAGGCCCCCUUUUGCUGUCCCCAAGUAACACAUCCCAUUUCUAGUUUGUGUCCAAAUCGAAUGGAGGACCACGCCAUGAACCAUAUGGUGCGACCCCAGGGCUUCAGUUUGGAGGAACUGCGCCAGACCUUGGGUCACUCCAGCAUUCGGGGACAAUGCUACUUCAUCUAUGGCACCACCAAUAUUCUGGAGGUAAUUGCAGGGUUCGAUGAGCUGCUCAACCGGGAGGAAAUCGAAUUCGGAGCCGAGCAGCUGGCUCCGGUUUAUGUGACCGGGAUGAUGGUGUACCUACUGCAUCACGAGGAUCUGGCGGCCACCCAGGUGAGGAGAACCCUCUUCCUGCAGCGAUGCUUUGAUUAUAUGGCCUGCACCGAGGAGACCCAUAUCCACCAAGUAUGCAUUUACAUGCUGAGCCUUUUGGACGCCAACAACUCGAGCGUCAUGCUCAACCUUAUCCACUGCUGCCGCGUGGCCAGUCCCCUGAGCACGAUGGCCCGCGUGGUGGGCAACUGCCUGCUCUGGGCCAUGCUGGAUCACCUGUCGGACUUGGGCUUGGACUCGCACCGCCUGCGCCCGGCUGGCACUCUGCUCCUCGUCGUCGCGGUGGUGAAUCCCCGCACCUACGUGCAAUCCUAUCUGCACGCCCUGCACCUGGUGGUGCGCCUGAUAUCCAGCCUUCUGCUGGUCGGACCCCUCGGCGGACAUGGCCAGCAGCUGUGCCAGGAGGCCGGUGUGCCGGGAGACCUGAUGAAACUGGCCAAGGAGGACUCCUCGAUUCUGGUGCGCUGGCUAAUCGCCAUCGUUGAGGAGUUGCGUCCCGAAAUGGUGCAGAACGAGGAUUUGGGGCAUUUGCAUGAGCGUCUCGUGCUCCUGGAGGCCAUAUGCGAGCUCAUGCAACUGCUGCACGGCCACUUGGUUAAGUGUCACCAGGAUAAACAGGAUCUAAACCAAACCUAGCACGGUAAUGGUCAAGAAAAUACAAAUAUUUUUACAUUUUUACAUAACUUCUUAA